AGAGUUGAGCCGGAGCGAAGUGCGGAGUGUGGCGGUAGCCGCGGGAAGAACGCCGAUGGACCUGCUGCCGGAUCCCGCGCCCCUGGCUACCAGGCUGCAGAACACGCUGCUCCGCUACCACAGCAUCGCCGACAGCGAGUGGCGGAUCGCCAGGAAAACUAAAGAUGCAGUGGUGUGGCGUAAACCAUCAGAAGAAUUCAGUGGAUACCUGUACAAAGCUCAAGGAGUGGUAGAAGAUAUUACUAACAGAAUAGUGGAUCAUAUUCGUCCUGGACCUUAUAGGCUCGACUGGGACAGCUUAAUGACUACAAUGGACAUCGUGGAAACAUUUGAAGAGAACUGCUGUGUGAUGCGCUACACCACUGCUGGACAGCUCUGGAACAUCAUAGCACCAAGGGAGUUUGUUGAUUUUUCUUACACUACAAGCUAUGAAGAUGGGCUUCUAUCAUGUGGUGUAAGCCUUAACUAUGGAGAGGUGAGACCUAAUUUUGUCCGUGGAUUCAAUCACCCGUGUGGCUGGUUCUGCGUCCCUCUUAAGGACUAUCCUAGCCACAGCCUUUUGACAGGCUAUAUUCAGACCGAACUGCGAGGGAUGCUACCUCAGUCUGCAGUGGACACUGCCAUGGCUAGUACCCUAACCAAUUUCUACUCCGACCUCAAAAAGGCACUGAAAUCGUAGACAAAAAGUGACUGAGAAGCCCGUGCAUUUCUUGCAAUCAAAUUAUAUUGAUUAGCUUAGCAUGGGUUAACUACUGAGCUCAAAGGUGAAUAACAUUGCUCCUGAAUGAUUCCUGAACCUUUCUGUAGAGGAAUCCGGACAACUUUGAUGUGAUACUUACAGUACAUUCCUAUUUCACAGCACAAGAUCUUGUUUCCUGCUCAGCACACUGCAGCUGUGUGAGUAGUCUGAACCUAUAAAUCCCUUACUUCCUUAGGUGGAAAACAGCGAAUGUGUAUGUGAACUUGAAAAGUGGAUCAGAAACUUGGCUCUCAACAACAGUACUGAGAGUGAAGUGCUCAGGGUUUUGUGGGUGCAGGUUGCUGUACAGACAGCAGCUCGUAGGAGAUGCAAUUUUGUAAUAUAUAUAUGCAUAUAUAUACAUUUACAUUUAAUUUAAUUUUUUAAUUUAUGUAGUUUGUACUGGUGCAUCUUUAAUUUCUGUGUUAAAAACUUGCUUUGAUUUAUCAUUGAGAUGGCCCAUAGCUAUACUGUUAAACAAUACUAUUCAUAAGAAAGCUCUUUGCUCAUGUUAGCAAAUCAAGUAUUCGUUAUUGGCAUUUCUUUAAUGUUGUAACUGUAGCUUGGUAACUGUUGUAUAUAACAGUCUCAGUGCGUAGAUAAAGGAAUGCCCUUACAGCUGAUCCAAAGCUCCUUUAAGUCAUGAGGUGUGUUUUCAUAGUUUUUAGUGGACUUUUAGUCACACAUGUAAUUGUCAAAAUAGCAAACCUGCAAUGGUACCUCUGUAGUACUCAGCACUUCUAAAUAGUUAUUUUUACUAAAUUUUGCAUGGAACUGUGUUUUCUAGCUUAAUUUUUGUCUUUCUUAGCUUUCAGUUACUAAAGCUACAGACAGUACCAUUAAGUUGCUUAGGCGUAGGCUUUGGUUUAACCAGAGCAACACAGACUGCCAGCAUGAUGGUACAGCACAGUAGAGUUUUCUGUUGAAAUUUGCAAUAAGUGAACUAAGCGUCUUAAAAUAUGGCUGACUGAAGGUUAAAAUACAAGCUAUAGAGUUGCUCGGAGCUGCAGGAAGGUGGAGGGUCAUGUUUUUUAGGAUAUUCAAUCACCUAGCAAUGCUGAUAGGUGUGAGGACUUCGAGAAGCCUACUGUCUGUGCUGCUAGGUCCUUAGUUCUCUUUAAAACCUGACACUGAGCUUUCAUUGUUGCUGUGCAUCCAUUUCUCAGGUGAGAUUGUAAUUUUCCCUGUGCUUUCCCAGUGCAAGUGUAGCUGUGUUGUAGUUUGGGAAGGUAUCUCGUAGCCCUAGUGUUUUGAGGCCAGUUGUAUACAUACAGUUUUGGUAGUUUACUCUAAGGAAAAUGCAUUCACAUGGAAGAUGUUCCUCUGGAAUAUUGGCUCUUUGGGCAUUAGCCACUGUAGCUGAACUUUGAAUAGUAAGGACUUUUCUUUCUCAUUGCUCAAGGAGAGAUGUGGAAAAAAAAAAGACACCAAGUAGUAAGGGUUCUUCAAACUAGCUUCAUGUUUAAGGUAUACAGCACUGUUUACAAUGCUUAAAGAUAAUGACAUGAAAUAGCCGUAACAGAUAAAAAAAAAAAAAUAACUUCUCUGUUGGGUUUUGUGUAUUCUUCUGUUCCUUUUAAUCUCCUUGGUUAGUCUUCCUGUCUUUCCUGUCUUUCUUGUUUCCCUCACACCCUGGAAGUUCAGAGGGUGCUCUUUUACCAUCAAUCGUACUGAGUAAUCAUUUUUCCCUGAGUGCUGGUGUGCUGCUUUGUAGUGGUACUGGUAUAGAAGCAAGUAAGAAAGCCCUAGCUGGGAUGAGUGCUGACAUGAUUACAGAGGAAGUUGUGUGAGGUGUACCUUAUUUGUUCUUCCCAAUUACACAGACUACAUAGAUAGUCAUUAAUCUGCUUUUUUUUAAGUCUUCAUUUUAGUGUGAAAGAAAAAGUCUUUUUUUUUUUUUUUAAGGCUUCAGGGACUAGUUGAGGGGUUGUGAUACAGAUAUAAUACUCAAUGUCUUCGUAAAGAGUUCAGUUUAAACCUACAGAGGCACUUCACUGCUGGAGAAGCAGGUCAAAAGGAGCAUGAGAUGCUUGUAGACAUGAGGAUGAUGUUUGCAGAGCACUAGACGCUAUAGAAAAGAUCACAAGGUCCCUGUUCAAAUACCCAGUUUAAGGACUCUUGCAUUUCUAUAGGGUUAUCCAGCCUUAUUUGUAUGAAGUGAAAUGGCCUUUUAAGCUUUCAGAUGAAGAUAGGCUGAUAAAGCACAGAGCAGCCAAAGAAAGAAGACUCGUUAGAAAAUCCUUGGUGUAUUUUAAGUAUGAUGAUGUUUUUUAAUAUACAUUUCUCCAUGCAUGUUUAUUUUUUAUCAAGAGCUGUUUUAAGUAAGAGGCCAAGAGACGGAAAGAUGUAGUGAAUAAGGACAAAUGUCUGAAAGCCAAGUGGGCCUUUUAUUUUGCAUUAUGAUGCAUUAUAAUUUGUUCUUUAAACACCGAGUAAACUGGCUUUGUGUGUUCUAAUAGAUGUAGUCUAUUGCUUCUGACAGUGAGUCUGAACAUUUGAGUGAAUAACAACAGAGACUACAGGAGGCAGAGACCAGAGCCAGAUUUCUUAAUGUCAGCAUAAUACAAUUCUUCAGUUUUCAGAUGAGGAAAAUACAUGGAAGGUGCCAUCAAACCUUAAGGAUUUAUUCUGGUUAUUCUCUUGCUUCUAAAAUGUUUCUAGUUUAAGAAAGCAAUGAUGGACAGUGUGCUGAUGACGCUACUGAAGUGAUGCAUUGCUGAUACCUCUUCUCUGACCAUUUGAAGCAGUUGAGCUAUAGAGUAACACAGAACUGUAAGAAAGGUGUCUGGUUUCACAGAAUAUUGUGUUUGAAGUCACAACUUUCAAUCCUUAGCUAUACUAAAAGAAAGUGAGGAGUGUGAGGUACUGAGGCAGAGCUGUUCUUUAACCAGAAUACAUUCAGAACCAAAAAAGCCAGUAUCAAGUACCAAUCAGAUCAGAAGAAUUUCUUUCCCCUCCCAUGGCAUUGCUUUCCUCCUAAGUCAACAAACAGUCUGGAUGGAGCAAGACAGUACAAAGUAGGAAGGGAUUUGAGGGGACGAAGCACAGGAUCACAUACUCUGCUUGUUAGGAGAUAGUGGAAGGCAAAGUAAAUUACUUUGUAUAGUUUGCUGUCAUCAGAACAGCAACAGAAUUUAUGCAAGUUUCUGAGGUUUGCCAGUGUUUCUGUUCUUGGGAAGAGGCACAUGCUGCAUUCAGUACUUGAACUCAGAGUUUCAGUAGAACAGUGUCACCUGAAAUCAGCUUCUUAACGAGGAACCCAAGCAUAAAUGGCAGAUAAAUGCCAGUUUUUGCUAGGGAAAUAGGAUGUAUAUAGACACAUCAACAAUAUUUUUAUAUGGCUAGUAAUUAAAAGAACAAGAAAGAAAGAAAGAAAGCAAACUAUUCAGGGGUUUAGGUAAUAUAUUUGUUUAUUUUAAGUCUGUCUUUUUAACUAUGUCCUGUAUGUGUGGAUGGGAAGGAUGGCUAAAGAUAAGACAAUCAUUAUGUUUAGCUUUUAUUUGCCGCCUAAAGCCUCCAGCUUUGAAAUUUCUUUGUAGCUGUGCUACUUAUUUUGUUUGUGCAGUAGACAGAUGUUGGGCUAAGUGCAAUGUUGGUGCAGCCCAAGGUGCUCCACUACACUGGUGAGAGGUGGAACAGUACCUCAGCCAGACACUCUGGGGACAGCACAAGCCCUAAUCUCAGAUUUUAUUAUCUUGCUAUGCUUUUAAUGGAUCAGAAUGAAAACAGUGAAAACAGUGUGUUCCUCCAGUGAUCAUAAACAACUAGAACUGUUUUGAUAGCGUGAGCUAGUUAUUCAAUGUACAGGUCCAUUGCUGGAAAAGUAGUGAUAGUUCUAUUGAACCCAGUCAAGCUAGGCCUGUGUUUAGAAAAAUGAAAGUCAGUCUGGCUUAACAGUGGUUUGAAUGAUUGUGUUAAGUACUUAAGAUGUUUCUGUUUAUAUUUUGAAUGCAAUUACAAAAUAAAUUAAAAGAUGAAUGCUAA